AUGCUGGAUCUACUCCUUGCCCCCAUCGUAGAGGUCUACCGACUGGCUCUGCAGCCACUGGCCCCGUUUACGUGGUUCGGGCUGCCCUUCUCCGCGCUGGACCUGCACAAGGAGCACGCCACGAAGAAGGCGGCGACGAAGGACGCGUCGAUCGCGGAGGCGCAGGAGAGGUCCUUUGUGCGGGACCUGGCCUCGGUGUUCUUGGUCGUCUUUGGCGGGGAGGCGUUGGCUGCUCCGGUCUUGGGCAUACCCGCGUCGUUCAUGGUGUCGGGCGCGGGUAUGGGCCUCUGGGCUGCCGUGCAGGCUAUCACGGAGCUUCCCGUCUCGUUGCUCGAUGGCUUCACGCGUGCAUUCCUGCUGUGCAGCCUCAUCCCGCCCAUGGUCGUGGGCCAUCCGAUGGAGGCGGUGGCGGCCUCGCCGUGGUCCCUGCUCGUUACAUCCCUGGUGACCGCGAACGGCGGCUUCUUCCUCGUGAACACGAUGUCCUUCCUGCAGCCAUACGCGCUGACGCUCACCACGCCCGCCGAGAUGCUGCCUUGGGGGUGGACGACCACGGAUCUCUGGGCCGCGCCGUUCAUCACAGGCCUCUACGCCCUCCUGACGCAUGCUCAGCCCUUCUGGGCCGACGUACAUGCUGUGGCGCUCGGGUGGUUGGGCAGCUCGGCCUCCGAGCUCGCGAAGAUUCAGCCUGUGGAUCAGGAGUACGCCCGUGCUCUGUGCGCGGUGGUGUUGAUGGGACUGUUCUCGAGGCGUACGGUGAAGAACUUCAGCGCGCUGAAGGUGAAGCGGGUCGAAGGGCCCAAGACGAAAGUGCAGUGA